CGAAAACACAGCGGCGGAGCCCAAGAAAGGCAAACCCCUCAGGCCUCACUACCCCACCACUGCAGCAGCCGAGUCCAGCCCCGAUCCGGCCAUCCACUCCCGCCGCCUCCGCCUCCUCCUCCCUCCCAGGCCACGCACACCAGCCGGGUCUCGCCGGAAUCGGUGCCUUCUUCAACCAUGGACACGGCGGCGGCGGCGACGGUGGCCCAGGAGCGCGUGCUGCGGAAUCACGGGGCGCUGAGCGACGUCGACGUCGCCACCCGGAGGGCCCAGGAGGCCGCAAAUAGACGGUAUGAUGCAGCCAGCUGGUUGCGAAGAACAGUUGGGAUCGUAUGUGCAAGGGACCUACCAGAAGAGCCCUCUGAGGAGGAAUUCCGGCUUGGGCUGAGAAAUGGAAUUGUUCUUUGCAAUGCACUGAAUAAGGUUCAGCCUGGUGCCAUACCUAAGGUUGUGGAAGCCCCCUCAGAUACUGGUGUACCAGCAGAUGGCUCAGCUCUAUGUGCAUAUCAGUACUUCGAGAACUUGCGGAACUUCCUUGUCAAUGUACAAGAUUUAGGGCUCCCUACAUUCGAGCAUUCUGAUUUGGAGAAGGGUGGCAAGGGUGUUCGAGUUGUGGACUGUGUUCUUGCUCUGAGGUCAUUCAGUGAAAGUAAGACAUCAGGGAGACAGACUCCAUCUAAAUAUGGUGGCAUUUCAAAGCCUUCGAUACCUGGAAAGUAUUUCAUACUCAAGAAUUCUGAUGCUUUUAUGAAUAAGUUAAUGAGAAGCCACACAGCAGAGCCAAUCCAGAAUGGUAUUUCGCCAGAGCAAAAUUUGACAACUGAUUGUUGCAUAGAAUCCUGUGAGAUGGCUACUUCAGAAUCCAUUAAAAUGCUUGUCCAUACCCUUCUCUUGGAUAAGAAACCAGAAGAAGUCCCGCUGAUUGUUGAGUCACUUCUAAGUAAAGUUAUUCAGGAAUAUGAGUGUCGAACUGCAAACCAGCACUUAGUGAAAUGCAUAGGGGCCUCUAAAGGGACUGACCCAUUUUCCAUAGCAGACACACUAUCGCAAGAUCAAUCUUCCACCAGUAAUCGAGUUAAGAUGGAUGAGUUAUGUCCCUUGAGUCUCAAUGAAGAAGUCAGCUCUGUAGUUCUGAAUGGUGGUUGUGCAGCUCAACAGUUCCAGCUAGGGGUAGAAGCAAAUUAUGACGUACAGCAGAAACAUAUCCUGGAAUUAAGAAAAAACCUUUCUUCUGUUAAGUCUGGAAUGGAGGAACUGAGUUUACAAUACUCUGAAGAUUUUACUAAAAUGGGAAAGCAUUUGCAAAUCCUGUCUAAUGCGGCUUCUGGCUACCAUAAAGUUCUGGAGGAUAACCGCAAGUUGUACAACCAAAUACAGGAUCUUAAAGGAAAUAUUAGAGUAUAUUGUCGCGUGAGGCCUUUUCUACCUGGACAAGAAAAUUCCUCGACAAGUGUUGCUGGAAUGGAAGAAAGAACCAUCACAAUAAUCACUCCCACAAAAUAUGGGAAAGAUGGAAGCAAAUCUUUUACUUUCAACAAGGUUUUUGGCCCAGCAGCCACUCAAGAGGAAGUCUUUUCAGAUAUGCAACCUUUGAUCCGUUCAGUUCUUGAUGGUUUCAAUGUUUGCAUAUUUGCUUAUGGCCAGACCGGAUCAGGGAAGACCUAUACAAUGAGUGGACCUAAUUUACUGAGCGAGCAAAGCGUUGGUGUUAACUACAGAGCACUGAAUGACUUAUUUAAUCUUCAAGCACAAAGAAAGGGGACAAUCGAUUAUGAAAUUUCUGUCCAGAUGAUUGAGAUCUACAACGAGCAAGUGAGAGACCUCCUUCAAGAUAGUGGAAACAGAAGAUUAGAAAUAAGAAAUACUUCACAGAAAGGGCUUGCAGUUCCGGAUGCAAGUAUAGUCCCUGUCACAUCAACCUCUGAUGUUGUUGAGUUGAUGAAUCAAGGCCAAAAGAAUCGUGCAGUGGGUUCAACAGCCAUCAAUGACCGAAGUAGCCGCUCCCAUAGUUGCCUUACUGUUCAUGUUCAAGGAUGUGACAUAACAUCUGGCGCAAUCUUGAGAGGUUGCAUGCAUCUUGUUGAUCUAGCUGGUAGUGAAAGAGUUGAUAAAUCUGAAGUUGUAGGAGAUAGGUUAAAGGAGGCACUGUACAUAAACAAGUCGCUUUCAGCACUAGGAGAUGUGAUUGCGUCCCUGGCUCAGAAAAACUCACAUGUCCCUUACCGAAACAGCAAGCUUACCCAGCUUUUGCAAGAUUCUCUAGGAGGACAAGCAAAAACGCUGAUGUUUGUGCACAUAAGCCCGGAACCAGAUGCUGUAAAUGAAACAAUAAGCACAUUGAAAUUUGCUGAACGAGUUGCUUCUGUUGAGCUUGGCGCCGCAAAAGCAAAUAAAGAAGGUGGCGAGGUUAGGGAGCUCAAAGAACAGAUUGCUUGCCUCAAGGCAGCACUCGCUAAGAAGGGAGGAGAAUCAGAAAACAUUCGGAGCACACAGUCAAGCCCAAACAUAUACAAGAUUAGCAGAGGCAAUGCAACACCUGUAUUCCAUAAAAACAGGCAGCCAAUGGAAGAAGUUGGAAACAUAGAGGUACCGAACAAUGUGACCCCAAUGCAAAAAAAGCUAAAAUUUGAUUUGCCUGGAGCUGGCAUCCUCGCCAAGAACAACUCACCUAACUGGAUCGACAACUGCAAUGAUCUUCCGAAAGAAAAAGGAUCAGGUGGCUGGGUAGAUAAGGGAGCUGUUGGUCAAAACCAAUUUGAGAAUGGCAAAUCCGUACCAGAGCUGGAGCCUAACCUCACCACACACACGAUGCUCCCGACUUUCUUCUAUCAAAGACACACUCCUGGGCAACAAAGGUGUAAGGUUGAGUCUGUACCAAGCCAGGAUUCAGACGAAUUUGAUGGUGUUGCUAGCUGUUCCCCAGACCAAGAAAUGGUGCUGUCAGCUAGUGGCCUGAAACCUGUUGGUUUUCCCAGUGGAGGCAUUUCAAAUAAAAAGAAGCAUCAAACAAAGAAUACAAAUAAUAUGAUAAUGAGGAGUACAAAUCCGGCAUGCAAGUCACCAGUGCCACAAUCACAGAAAAGGCUACAAACACCAGUCAGGAGCUCUGCUCAAAAAACACCGAUCAGGAACAGCAAACAUAUUUUGAAUGGUACAGAUGGGAGAAGAACUCCAAAUGGGAAAAUUAACGUUGCAAAAUAAUCAAUCAGUGUGAAGGUAGAUUUUGUUGCUACCAUCAUCAUCUGUGCUGACAUCAGAUCAACAGAAAGCUUUUUUUAACAAAUCUUCCUUGAAACUCUCUGGAAAGAUAAACAACGUAGAGUGAUUUACAGUCGCUGGCUGAAUUGUUUUAUUACACCAAAUAAAAUAUGGAUAGAAGACCUCCAAGAGUACAGAAAGAAUAUAAACAUGAAGGGAGUUUCAUAUGUGUGAUCUGUAUGACAUCCAUGCUAGAAAUUUCUGUUGUACCAUUUGUUCACGAGCACAACACCUUGUAAGUAGUUCCUUCUAAUAGACAUGCUAUAUUUAUAGCAUUUUUUGUCAUUCAUUUCUUUAGUAGCAUGUAACAGAGGCAUGCCUUUUCAUUUUUUAAAGUAUUGCCUCCAAGGAACUUCAGGAGAAAGAGUGAGAAGCUGCAUGCUUUUUAUA